UUGUGUGUGUGGGGAAAUGCUCGGCGGACCGUGAAGCGUAACAGCAAGAAGAGGGGACAAAGACGCACAUAGCGGGACAGAAAGCGACAGAAACAAACCUCCAACAACUCGUAGAAAAAAAAAAAAACGAAAACACAGACAUUUGUGGAUUGAGGGAUCAAACAUGGUAAAAGCUGGGGAGAGGAGUCUGAGCUUACAAUGUCACGACAGAUGAGUUCAAGUGUACAAACGGAGUCGUGGACGAUAAGUGAGGUUUGGAGUGUGCGUUAACUUUUGGAUAGACUCCGCGGCGCGUUUCUGCAGCGGUGGCGUGGAGCUGACUCAGGCUGCACUUUGGAGAAUGUUUCCCCACUUUUGAACGGACAUGUUUCCCGGAUUUACUCACUGCACUGGCUUUACUUCUCCUGUAGCCACGCGUGGAGAUUCCCCUGAGUUACAUCUCGCUGCAAGGAAUUUCCAGGGAAAGGCGACGCUGACGUUGUGGACCACGUUUUUCUUCGACACAGACGCAUAAACAUGGAAUACUUGUGGAGUUAAAAUCCAGAAGACUCGAUGUGUGAAUUGUCCUGUUCCUAGUGUGCUGGUGGAGAAAGUUCGCGUCACUGAGGUAGAACUCCAUCCAAGCAUGAAAUGUUGGUGCAGCGCCCUGGCACUUCUCCCGUGGGUGCUGGUGGCCUUAGAUGCCCAGCUGAUCUGCUGGCAGGCGCUCCUCCGGUGCCACGAAGAGCCCGAGUGCGACCUCGCGUACAGCCAGUACUUAGCAGCCUGUGAAGGUAACCUCAGAGGCACGAGGAAGCAGUGUCCCAGCCACUGCAUCAACGCGCUCAUACGGCUGAACCACACGCGCAGCGGGCCGGACCUGGAGACGUGCGACUGCGCGCAGGACCAGGAGUGCCAGAGCGCCAAGCGAGCCGUCGAGCCCUGCCUCCCCCGCAGGCACCCGACCGACGCCGGGGGGAUCGGCUGCAUGGAGGCCCGGCAGCGCUGCGAGGAGGACAGCAGCUGCCACGCCUCCCUCGCGGCCUACUUGGCAUACUGCGGCCAGCUGUUCAACGGCAGGAAGUGCUCCUCCAAGUGCAAAGCCACCAUCCAGCAGAUGCUCUUCAUCCCGAACGGCGUGCUGCUCAACCGCUGUGUUUGCGAUGGGGUCGAGAGGCCCUUCUGUGAAGUGGUCAAAGAGAACAUGAGCAAACUCUGCGCCAUAGGAGACCACACUGUUAUUUCAGACCAGCCUGACGCGGAUGACAUGUACGAGGAUGAAGACUAUGACCCGAAACACGACAGAGAGGAGGUGUUCACCGACCAUUCCUCUGCGUCACAGGGGUCAACCACCUGCAUGACCCCUCUCUUUCUAUUCUUAGCAUGGCUAUUACUCUGAGGUGACAGUCAUUUAAACAUCUGAUGGAUUUGUAGACAGUUUUCUGUUGAAGCAGGCAGAUGAAGUCCAGCUGGAGCUGGCAUGGAGUAAGUGACUUUAACGCAGGAUUGGCUUUCUGUCUCAGGGCUCAAACUGCUUGAUUAGAGAAUCUGCAGGCCUCACUGUUAUCAAAGUAAAGUCGCAGGGUGACUUAAGAACUGUUCUGACUUCUUUAGUCGCCCCCCCCCCGGUCAAAGUAAUCCAUCUGUGUGCACAUCUCAGACACUCAGGACAAAAUCUUCACACAUGCCUUAAACAGCUCUGAGAGAUCUGCUCACUUGAUACAAAGUCGAAGGAAACGAGCUGUUGUCUCAGAAGGAGUGAAAUUCUUUGAGGGGUGAGGAUGAGAGGAAGUGAGCCACACUGGACUUGUUGCCAUCUUGUGUGUGCCUUCAACACGCUCCUGUUUGUUUGGUUUGGUCUCAGUGGUACUUGGUGAGAGUGUGGCCUUAUUAAGACGUUAGACAAACAUCAGAGCCGUCCAGCCUCUGUUUGCUCUGCUCUCCAUUUCAGGGGGGGGGGGGGGGGCUCGGCAU